GUGGAAUGCCAGUGAGUGUUGAGUGACCCAUGGAGGUCAUAGGCGGCUGCUAUAUUUACUGACUCUGUAACUCGAUCGGUGGCAUUCUGCAGUGCUGUGCUCACGCUGCUCCCUCGCACUCCGUUACCCACAGAGUCCCAAACUAAACUGGCACCCGGUUGCCUUUUGUCUGUUGGCCUGGCCUCUCAGAACAUCAAGGGAGCGUGUGCAUGUGCAUAGACUAUAGGGGAGCAACAGUAGGAUGAGCUGCCCCAGAGCCAUCACAGUCUGCAGGGACUGACACACACCGCUACAAAUACGGCAGAAUUGAAAUGGAGAUCUUUCACAUGUAAGGCAAAUGUGCCAACCACCAAACCAUGGAGCCACUUCACCAGCACAAACAGUAGCAUGAUGUAAGGACUAGGAAUUCGAUGCUGUCUUCCAGAGGCUAUCCCUCUCCCUGGCUGAGAAACCAGCAGCAGCAGCAGUAUGUCCCGUGUCUCCUCCACCGCAAAGCGAUACACUGGCCCCUCUUACACCAGCCACUACAGCUCCUACAGCUCCUCCCUAACGCCAGGUCUUAGCUCCUACAGCGAGCGGGACAGGCUGUCCUCCUACAAGUCCCACACCUCCUCCUCCUCUUCAUCCUCCUCCUCAGGUUACUUAUCCUCUACCUAUCUGAGCAGCGCCGCCAUCCGCAGCCACAACUACAGCACCUCCUCGGACCCUGAGCGUGACCGGGGUCGAACCAUCCCUCGCACUGACAUCCUUGGCAGCAGCAGCAACCGCCGGAGUGAGAGCCUCAGCAGAACCCCACUCAAGAGCUAUGGAGGGUCAGGGCUAAGUGGGGGGUCAGCCUACACUGGCUACAGCUCCUACGCUUCAUCCCCAGCCCAGUCCAGCUACCUCUCCUCUUCUCCGGUGGCCUCCAGCAUCUCGCUCAGUCGACGAAAAUCUGUAUCCCAGAGUGACCUGAGCAGGGACCUGGCCUCUCUGAGCCUCAAUGAUGCUUCCUCCUCAACCCCUUCUUCAUCCACCAGUGCCCUGCGGAGCUACCGCAGUCGGACCAGUGAUGUGGCUGAGUUGUACGGCAGUAGCUCCCGACCCGGCUACUCAGGCCUGUCCCGAAGCACUACUCAGGAGACCCUGUCACGGAGCUCCACCCAGGAGGCCUUCAGCAGGAGCAGAGCAUUCAGCUCUUCAGCAUGGGACCCAAGCAGUAACCAGCUGUCCCAUUCCCCAACGAGGGACUCUACGAAUUCAAAGAGCGCCCAAGGCCUGGUGGGACUGAAGAAUUUAGGAAACACUUGUUUCAUGAACAGUAUCCUGCAGUGUCUUAGCAACACACAAAGCCUGCGAGACUACUGCCUGCACAACUCCCACCGCAGAGACCUUAACAACAACAGCCGCACCAACACAGCCCUCAUGGAAGAAUUUGCCAAGCUGCUACAGACCAUGUGGACAUCAUCCAGCAGUGAGGCUGUCAGCCCGUCCGAAUUUAAAACACAGAUCCAGAGAUAUGCUCCCAGAUUUGUGGGAUACAACCAACAGGAUGCUCAGGAGUUCCUGCGCUUCCUCCUGGACGGCCUGCACAACGAGGUCAACAGGGUCACUGUGAGGCCGAGAGGCACUGUGGAGGACUUCGACCACCUGCCAGAUGAGGAGAAAGGGAAGAAGAUGUGGAGUAAAUACCUGGAGCGAGAGGACAGUAAGAUAGUAGACCUGUUUGUGGGACAGCUGAAGAGCUCAUUGACCUGCAGCCACUGUGGUUUCUGCUCCACUGUCUUCGACCCCUUCUGGGAUCUCUCUCUGCCUAUCGCCAAGAAGGGCUAUGGUGAGGUGAGUCUGAUGGACUGCAUGCGACUCUUCACCAAAGAAGACAUCCUUGAUGGGGAUGAAAAGCCGACGUGCUACAGAUGUAAAGCCAGGAGGAGAUGCACUAAAAAGUUCACAAUACAGAAAUUCCCCAAGAUUUUAGUGCUGCACCUGAAGCGCUUCUCUGAGGCACGAAGAACCAGCAAACUGUCCACAUUUGUUAACUUCCCCAUGAAGGAUCUUGACCUGCGGGAGUUUGCCUCUGAAAACAGCAUAAAUGCAGUGUACAACCUGUACGCAGUGUCCAACCACUCAGGCACCACUAUGGGCGGCCACUACACAGCCUACUGUCGCAAUCCCAGCUCGGGAGAAUGGUACACGUUCAAUGACUCCAGAGUAACGCCAAUGUCCUCCAGCCAAGUGCGCAGCAGCGACGCCUACGUCUUGUUCUACGAGCUGGCUUGCUCCUCGCGGAUGUGAAGCGUCGUAGAGGAGGGCAGGCCACAGCACCACUCUGACUCACAGACAGACACUGGACGGAUGGACACGCAACACAUGAAAGUGCUGUUGGAGCCUGGCCUGUUUGGAAAUUUUACUUGGACAUACAUUACAUGGCUCACACAAACACACACACACACACACACACACACACACACACAUACACAUCACUCCACAGAAACUGCUGGAUGGGGGGACAGGCUGGAAACCACUGGCUUUUUUAAUUCUGCUCUCCGUUUGUACUCCCACAUGUUGCUGGUUGCGGGUGGACGUGCGUUUACUGUGUGUGUGUGUGUGUGUGUGCGUGUGUGUGUGUGAGGUUGACAGAGGGCAAUAAUCCCAUCUGAGUGAACCAACCAGGUGACUCAGUCUCCAUCUCAGAAGCCCCUCUCUAUGCACUGCAAACUCUGGUCCUGACCACGCCUUUCCUUCUUCUUCGUCUUCUCUUUGUGAUCUUCUUCUUUGCCUCAAACCAUUAAAACUGAGACGACCCA